GGGAAAAGAUAGGCGGGGCUAGUAGGGUGUGGUCUGAUUCGUGACGUCACACCCUGCCGCGCCUUGACCCCGCGCCUUGACCCCGCGUCUCCCACCCACCCACCCCGCGACGACGGGUUUGCCUGUGCGGCCGCGAUGGCAGCCAUAAGGAAAAAGCUGGUCAUUGUCGGGGAUGGAGCCUGCGGAAAGACCUGCCUUCUCAUCGUCUUCAGCAAAGAUCAGUUUCCCGAAGUCUACGUGCCAACUGUGUUUGAAAACUACGUGGCCGAUAUCGAAGUAGAUGGCAAGCAGGUGGAGCUGGCGCUGUGGGACACGGCCGGACAGGAGGACUACGACCGCCUGCGACCGCUCUCCUACCCGGACACCGACGUCAUCCUCAUGUGCUUCUCCAUCGACAGUCCCGACAGCCUGGAAAACAUUCCUGAGAAGUGGACCCCAGAGGUGAAACAUUUCUGCCCAAAUGUGCCAAUUAUCCUGGUGGGAAAUAAGAAGGACCUGCGCAAUGACGACAACACAAAGCGUGAGCUUGCCAAGAUGAAGCAGGAGCCGGUGAGGGUGGAGGAAGGCAGAGACAUGGCCAACCGGAUAAAUGCCUUUGGCUACAUGGAGUGCUCGGCCAAGACCAAGGAUGGUGUGCGUGAGGUCUUUGAGAUGGCCACCAGGGCUGCCCUGCAAGUCCGCAAGCGCAAGAAGACAGGCGGUUGCCGGCUCUUGUAAACUGUUGCUUAAGUUGCCUUUUUUCUUCGUAAAUCAAAUUCAGUACACUAUACGUGGCGAAUAUAUUACACACGCAUCACGAAUUUCGUAACUCGUGUUAAAAGUUGUCUAAAGAAGGGGCUUUCGUUACUUACGUUAAGCAUGGGUUUUCAUUGGAAGCCGUCAACGCAUUCCCUUUUUCCGAGGCAGAUGAAGGUGUAGCCAUGUGCUGGUUCCAGGCUGCUGCUUUGGACCAGCCCCCACGGCAGGGACCUCUCCACAAGCACUAGUCUGCUCUUUUGGUUCAAGGCCUUGAUUCUUGCCAUCGGGAUUCUUUGCAGUUUCAACUUAAGCCACAUCUUUUUCCAGCCAAAUUUUAAGGGGGGGGGGGGCCCGCUUCUCUGUUGUGCUGUAUUGUGCAGUCCUCCAUCCUGUGACUGCCCCAAGUGGUGGUAAAAUUGAGACCAUCCGCACUGCUUGCUGCUGAGGUCCUGAUCAGUCUUUUGUGUGGCUGAUGCAGAGCAACAACUGCAAUUUCACAUUCAGGUUGUCAAGCCAGAUAACUGCCUCAUAUAGCAUCGUGUAUUGAUGUAGUCUCCUUAGUAUAUUUGGAUUGUUAUGUUGGUCCUAAUAGCGGCCAACCUGUUCCCUAACACUAAAUAUGGCAACCAAAGUGACAAUGCAAUUUAAGACUGUCUGGGUAAAUAGGCCCAUAAAUUGACCUGUAAUUAUUUUUAUUCCUGGGCGAGGGCACAAUGGCAUUGGCCUGUCUUGGAAGAAGGGGCAUGUGGAUGGCCACAGUAUGGAAAACCAACAUGUUAUCUCCAUUUACUUAGCAGUGUAAACAUUCCUUUUGGAGAUGGUUCUCUUUUUGUUAUGGGUUUCAGUUAGGGUGCUGUUGACUUCACAUGUAGUUGUGUUUUUAGAACUACUACUGUGUUCAAGGUGACCACUCCAUUAAAAAUCACAUGCAACCCCACUGUAUUCUGCAUUGAAAUGACAAGUCGGUCCUUGGUUAAUUUGAAACCAAAUUCAAAUGUACAUUGGAUUGUGGGUUUAAUGAAGUAAAGUUAGUGCAAUUGGUGCAUCACCACUAAACAGUGUCACUUUUAUUAACUACUGUUGUAUGUAAUAUCAAUGUUUCAUGGGCUUUGCAUUGUUAUCAAAUAAACAUUCCAAUACUGUAUUGAACAUCA